CUCAAAUUCUAUUCCUGCAUUACGGUGCCCGCCUUGACCAAUAUCCAUGUGAACCCCAUCGAUCAUCGGCGGCUGCGGGGAAUGGUAUCUGUCUUGACGAGGCGACGAAGGUACAUAAGACAGUAGGUACAUCGUCAAUCUUCAGCCAAUUCAUACAUACAUUAUCCUUCCAGUCUCCGGCCAUUACCAUCUAUAGGGCUUUCCUGUUCAAAGACUCUCAAUCCACCAAAAGACCCAAUAUCACGUUCCAAGCCUCUACGUCCAGGAUCCACCGACCAUCCCAAACAAUGGGCAAAACAUUCAAACUCACUGAUAUCCUGUUAACCAUUCCACUGGAUGUACUCCGCGCCGCAAUAGCGAACCAAUUACCAGUGGCGGAGACACAGGGCCUCAUCGUUUCGCUCUGCCGGGAUCCCGAGCAAAAUGAUUCGCCCUAUCAUCAGAUCGCCACCGUCACUUUCCCCGGCCAAGAGCCAGCCGCGCUGUCAAAGUGCAAGGAGGACGUCCCAGUAUCUUGGGACCUGGUCGGUGUUGGUAUAGUGGUCGCUGAUGUCGACUUCUACAAUAUGACGCCGCUAUACGCUGCGACUAAUCCGCGCUGCGAUAUCAUCGCGGUGACAGGUCUCGCCGGCCAUGGAUUCGGCUCUUGGAAAUCAAGGGGCAAGCACGACAUGUGGCUGAGGGACUUCCUACCGCAGGAUCUGAAAAAAUUGCAGCCCAGAAUCUUGACUUGGGGCUACGACGCGAAAUUGACGAAAAGUGAAACCCAAAACAAUUUGGUUGAAUAUGGGAGGCAGUUUAUGGACGCCGUCAACGCGAUUCGUGAGGACAAGUACCGCCCGAUAAUCUUCAUCGGCCAUAGUUUUGGGGGCUUGGUCAUCAAGCAGGCACUUUGCAACCCAAACACAGAAAUCAAUUCGAUGGAUGAACAGAUCUACAACAGUUGCGCUGGAAUCUUCUUCUUUGGCGUCCCAAACAAAGGCCUCAACCACGAGAACCUCCUGGGCAUGGUGGAGGAAGCGCCCAGUAAGGCACUCGUCGAAGACUUGGUCUUGAAAACGAACGCUCUUCAGGUGGCGUACGAGAACUUUCUACAAUACUUCAGGACCGACGACCUCCACUUCACUUCGUAUUAUGAGACGAAACUGUCACCCACCGUGUCAAAGAACGCCACGACCGGCAAGUUCGAGCGUACGGGACUAAAGGUGAUGAUGGUUACCAAGGAUUCCGCCAUGUGGACCAGUCCGAAUCAGGCGAUUCAGAAGAUGGUGCCAAUUGAUGCCGACCACUCGGAGAUUGUCAAGUUCAUGUCACUGACGGACGUGAACUACCUCGACGUGAGGGGGCGGAUCGAAAGAUGCAUGGCAGAUUCACAACGCGUUAUAUUAGAGCGAUGGAGGAAGCUUGGGCGGCCCCUGGAGGAGCCCAUCUGAUCAAUCAUCAACCCAGGUGAUCUGGCUGGAUGCAAUGGGAGGUUGCCGGGUGGAACGGCUCUUUGACGGCGGUGCGAAAUAUUUGCGGGAUGUUAUGAGUUCUGUGCAAGGCUGGGAAUGCGAUCAUGUACUUAUUGAUGUUUGAAUUUUGGAAUACUGGCUCGGGGAAUUGGAUCCAAGGAGGUUUGACUCGA